AAACCGGGUGGUGUGAUCAAAACCGCGCAUAAUUUCGCGAUGGCGGCUAUCUGUUUCGCGUGUGCUGUGCCACUGGAUGCUGCCGACUGUAUCGUCGGCUGUGCGUACUGUGAGGCUACUUUUCACCGCGGUUGUUGCAGGCUGCCUUCCGAGCUGAUUGAUGCGGUCCUGACUCACAUCGAUCUGCACUGGAGUUGACUGCGUUGAUCAGUCAAAGAGAUCGGGGCUCAGGUCGGUUUUCAAGCUGCUCUCACCUCAACUGUUGCGGCUGUGGGGAAGCUUAUUGAACCUUUUAUCGCCGAGGUGCGCAGUGGAUUUACUCUACUGCAAAAUGCACCCAUACCUCAGCUUUGCAAUACCGAUCCUCGGCCCGUUGCGGGUAGAAAGCGGCGGCGUAUCAUCGAGGAUUCUAUGUCCCCUGAUGUCAACAAAAACGUAAACAUUCGUCAAAAUAACAUGUUUGCAGCGUCAUCGCCAAGCGCGUACACUAACACUACAGUCGGCAUCCCACCCUCGUCUACGCUACCGGAAGAACUCAUGGGAACCGAUUCGCUAUCGUCACCGCUUCGAGCAGCGUUUCCCCAGCCGGCCACAGACAGAAUAUGGAUCCGACUAUCUCGCUUGUCCACUGCCGUCACCGUGGAGCAAGUGGUCGCUUCUGUGAAACGCCGUUUAGCCACCGAUGACGUCCUAGCAUACUGCUUGCUGAGGAAGGGAGUCAGUGUUGACAGCGUAAACUGGCUUUCUUUCAAAGUGAGAGUACCGGCCGCCCUUCGUGACGCAGCACUCGCCCCAUCGUCCUGGCCUGUCGGUAUUGGUGUACGUGAAUUUGUACAAUCCCGUCAACGAGAGCAUGGACACUCAUCGUCACCAAUCACCAUCAAACACCGUUCUCUCACACGCACACCUGUUGUCAUCGAUCGCCGAUCGAUGCCUCGCACACCAACAUCCACUGUCUAUCACUCACCGGCACACGCAUCAACUUCACAGGCUCAAACACUAACAUCACCACAAUUGGGAGAACACACGCUGAACGACACUACUCAUGGUCCUAAUUCAACACUCAUUGACGGCCCGCUUUUAAUUCGCCGCACUUCCAACACCAACUUACAACAGACCACACUUGACCGUUUCUUUCACGAAUAGACGAACCUCUGUUAAGUCUGCACAAACACCUACCUGUUAUGUUCCUGCUGCUAAUGCGCUUCGCACUGCCCGUUCCACUGCCUCUGUUUACUAUCAAAACGUGCGGGGACUGCGCACGAAGGUCGAUGAGUUUCGCCUGUCGGUGUUGGAAUCCAAUUUCGAUGUAAUAGUGCUUACGGAAACCUGGCUCGAUCCUAGUCUACCUUCGGCUUUGCUGUUUGACGAUAGCUUCCGAGUCUACCGAUGCGAUCGUAGUGUUGACAACAGUACAUGUUCCCGCGGUGGAGGUGUGUUGAUUGCGUGCUCUCAGUCUCUGACGUCACGGGAGCACACAACGGUGCAUCCAUCGCUUGAGCUAGUGUGCGUUGUAAUACAACUAGGCAAUUCCCGACUAUUCAUCAUUGCUGUAUACCUCC